AUGCACAUCGCGCACGUCCACGUCCACGUCAAGCCCGGAAUGGAGGACGAGUUCGUCGACGCGUGCGUCGCGAACGCGGCGUCGAGCGUGCUCGAGCCGGACAACCUCCGAUUCGACGUGCUGCGCUCGGGCGCGUUCUACCAUCUAGACCAUCUCGCACUGGACUUUUAUACUUCCCGGCGUUUGUUUCUCUCCGCCCACCACCCCUCGUUGCUUUCAAUCCCGACGCACGCGCCUCGACGCCUUUCAACUCCACCUCUGACGCCUUUCAACUCCACCCCGACGUUCGUCGCUUCGUAUGGACGAUCACCCUCAGAGGAGGACCCGACGCGGUUCGUGCUGAUUGAAAUCUACGCCACCGCGGAGGGACCGGCGGCGCAUAAGAAGACGCCGCAUUAUGCGGAGUGGAGGACGACGGUGGAGGACAUGAUGGCGUCGCCGAGGAGCGCGAGGACGUUCAGGCCCGUGUUUCCCACGGAAGUCGACGAGUGGAAGAUGGCGCUGUGGGCUUGA